AUGCUUCCUUCAGGCCCUACUAGAGCUGCGGGCCUACUGCUUUUGGGAAUAUUCUCGAGCGUACAAGCCCAGGGCUACAAGAUUGAUACCAAAGAUGCGAUUAAAACCACCGCCAGUACAAUCGCAUACGAUCUGAUGCUUUUAUACCAAGGAAAUAAAACCGGCCAAAUACCUGGAAUCUUGCCAGGACCACCGUCUGAAAAUAAAGGACCUUACUAUUGGUGGCAGGGCGGUUCUAUGAUGGGCACCUAUAUUGACUACUGGCACCUAACGGGCGACACGAGCUACAACGACGUGGUAAUGCAGGGAAUCCAGCAUCAAGUGGGCGAAAACAAGGAUUUUAUGCCUCGAAACCAUACAGCUUCACUUGGAAACGACGAUCAAGGAUUUUGGGGCAUGACAGCGAUGCUUGCCGCCGAAAAUAAAUUUCCCGACCCGCCCGCAGACAAGCCGGGAUGGCUCGCUUUGGCGCAAGCCGUCUGGGCCACGCAGGCAGAUCCGAGCAGACACGAUCAGUUUUGCAACGGUGGGAUGCGAUGGCAGAUCCCUUUUGCCAAUGCUGGAUAUGAUUACAAAAACACCAUUGCCAAUGGCUGCUUUUUCAAUAUCGGAACUCGACUUGCUCGGUAUACGAAAAACGAAACGUACGCAAAAUUUGCAGAUGAAACAUGGGACUGGCUCUGGGGCGUCAACUACAUCGAUCACGAGAGCUGGCUGGUCUACGACGGCGGCCGAACGCAAUUCAACUGCACCGAUAUCAACAAGGCAACUUUCUCCUACAACGCUGCGAUCCUGACUCAGGGUGCGGCUUUUAUGUAUAAUUAUACCGAUGGCGACAAGAAAUGGGGCGACCGCGUCGACAACCUUCUCGAUUCCAUGCUGAAGAACUUUUUCAAAGAUGGCGUUGCUUACGAAGUGCCCUGCGAAGGAACGCAGGGCACAUGCACAGCCGACAUGCUUACGUUCAAAGGAUACGUGCACCGCUGGUUAUCUGUGGUGGCGCAGAUUGUCCCGCACACUGCUGAGAAGAUUUUGCCCGUUCUACAGAAGUCAGCGCAAGCGGCUGUUGCCCAAUGUACGGGCGGCGCAACAGGCCGCACCUGUGGCUUUUACUGGAGCGGCGGCAAAUUUGUCGAUCCCGGCGUUGACAAGACGACUGGCGCGGGCGAGUACAUGAGUGCUCUCGCUGCCGUGUCCAGCCUCUUGAUCAAAGAUGCGAACCCGCCUACGACGAAUGACACGGGCGGAACAUCCAAGGGCAGCCCCAACGGCGGAUUCGCAGGUGGCGAUAAUGGACAGAAACCAGAGAGACCGAUAACCACGGCGGACAGGGCUGGCGCUGGAAUCAUGACAUUUGUGAUGGCUUUCGGAGCCAUUGGCACAUUUUUCUGGAUGGGCUUCAUGGGCGGCCAGUGA